UCUCUCUCUCUACAAUCAAGACAAGAAGAAGAAGAGACGAAGAGACGAAGAGACGAUUAAUUUUCUCCUUUCUCUGUUCGUGUAUUAUUUGUUUGGUUCAGUGAGACGAAGAGACGAAGAGGCGUGUUGUUGUAGAAGAUUUGGAGAAAAGAAGUUUCGGGUUUCGAAGGGCGGAUCCAAACAGGUAGAUCGAGAAAUGAAUACAAUUUUACAUGUUCCUCCGGGGUUUAGAUUUCAUCCAACAGAUGAAGAACUCAUAGAUUAUUAUUUGAGGAAAAAAGUUGGUUCAAAAAGGAUUGAUGUUGAUGUCAUCAAAGAUGUUGAUCUCUACAAAAUUGAGCCAUGGGAUCUUCAAGAAUUGUGUAGAAUGGGAGGUCAAGAUCAAGAGGAUUGGUACUUUUUCAGCCAUAAAGAUAAGAAGUAUCCAACAAGUACUCGAACUAAUCGAGCUACGAAAGAAGGGUUUUGGAAGGCAACGGGAAGGGACAAGGCUAUUUACUCGAGGUACGGGCAUGAGUUAAUUGGAAUGAGAAAAACCCUAGUGUUCUAUCGAGGUCGAGCUCCGAAUGGACAAAAGUCUGAUUGGAUCAUGCAUGAGUAUAGACUCGAGACGAGCGAAAAUGGUGCUCCUCAGGAAGAAGGAUGGGUGGUGUGUAAGGUUUUCAAGAAGAAAAUGACGACAGCCCAAAAGAUGGGCGAUUAUGAAUCACCUUAUUGGCAAGAUGAUCAAAUCUCCUUCAUGCCACAAAUUGAUUCUCCAAACCAAAUCUCUCAACCUUGCAAGCAUGAGAUUGAUCAUCUUCACUUCACCGUGUUCGACGAUGCUUUCCCUCAGCUCCCUCGACACCUUGAGCUUAACUCCGACAUGUCGUCGUGCAGCUACGAUCCUCGAUCAAACGCCCCCUCCUCGUCUCAAACAUUCUUUCAUGGUGUAGAUAAUAAGCUGAUGGAUUGGCAAGCCAUGGAUCGAUAUGUAGCGUCUCAGCUCAGCACGGAUCGAGAUGAUCAUCAUGGAAGAGAUGAAGCCAAUUACUCUCAUCCCACCAAAUAUGCAAGUGAAUGAACAAGAGCUGGCUAUCUAUCGGAGCUGAAUAAAUGUUUGAUAUACUAAAAAACCUAUAUAUUUAUGUUACUUAAGAAGUUCAUAUUAUAUUUGAAAUAAACAUAUCCAUAUGUACUCAAAAUUGUUGCAUGAUUAAAUUAAAGUUGUAAA